AUGAGCUCUGCAUUUAUCGACACUUUACGAAAGCACGAAUUGGAUCAGUUAUCCGUGCAAGACUAUGCAGCUCUUGGCAUCACCGAUAUCAGUGAUCGCAAAAAGAUUUUCGGGUUGAUCCAAAUGCUACGCAAGGAAUCGUUGGGUGGUCCUGAAAGGUUGAGGCUCGUGACAUCAGCAUCCACCAUGACAACGAGCAGCAGCAAUAGUGGCAGCGGGCUUCGACAACCAACAAGUUACUAUCACCGAUCCAAUACGUAUCAAGAUGGAUUAUCAGCUGCUUAUUCACCUACAUCACCCAAUCCAAUGCAAAGUCGAUUGCCACAGCUGCAAAGUAAUAUCCCUAGCAUGGAUCAUGGUCAAUAUACUCGUAUGCGUCGACAAAGUACAGUCCAAAUGCCCAAUAAGCCUCCCUCUUCACCUGCUCGUCCCGUGCGAAGUCGUACCAUGUCGGAUGCUGGAUCUUCUUUACCACGCUGUACACCUUCUGCAACCACUACAACAACCACUCGUAAACCCGAUCUUCGUCGCUCUGUACUUGCACCUGAUUCUUUCAUCUCCAACUUUAACACCAUUUCUUCGGAUGAAGAGGAUGAGGAUGAAGAAGAGAUGGCUCCUCGACGUUAUCGUGCAUCCGCUCCUAUGUUGAAUGCUUAUGGUAUGCCUACAUCAUCCUCUGCUGCUGCUGUGAAAUCGAGAAGAAGCAUCGGUGCCCUAAAGUCCGCCUCUGCUGCUCAACAAUCACGCCUUGACAAUUUGCCUCCCAGUGAUCUCGAUCAAAAAAUCCGUGUUUGUGUCCGUAAACGCCCACUCAACAAGAAGGAAACGGAGCGAUGUGAAAAGGAUAUCGCAGAGACGAUUGGGACAAGAAGCAUCCUUAUCAAUGAACCAAAGUUACGAUUGGAUUUGUCAAAAUACAUUGAACAGCAUACGUUUACUUUUGAUGAUGUCUUUGAUGCCAAUGCUGACAACAGUGCACUAUAUCAACGCACUGCACUUCCACUGGUCGAGUACAUUUUCCAAGGUGGUAAAGCGACUUGCUUUGCAUAUGGACAAACGGGUUCUGGAAAGACAUUUACUAUGCUUGAUCCUCGUCGUGGAUUGUAUGUACUUGCAGCAAGAGACAUUUUCGCCAAACUCAAGACGCCCGAAUAUCAGCAUCUCGUAGCUUGGAUCGGUUUAUAUGAGAUUUAUCAAGGCCAAUUGUAUGAUUUGCUGAAUGAGCGGAAAAAGCUGUUUGCUCGCGAAGAUGGCAAGCGCAAUGUGAUCAUUUCCGGCCUGAAAGAAUACCCCAUCAACAAUGUUGAUAACCUUGUACAAGUGUUUGCCUAUGGUAACCAAAUCCGUAGUACAGGCUCCACUGGUGCAAAUGAUACCUCUUCUCGAUCCCAUGCUGUUCUCCAAAUCUUACUCAAACCAAGAAAGAAUCGCAAAGCCAUCCAUGGCAAGCUCAGCUUUAUUGACUUGGCAGGCUCUGAACGUGGUGCAGAUCGAGGUGAAUCAGAUACCAAAACUAGAAUGGAAGGUGCUGAAAUCAACAAGAGCUUGCUUGCAUUGAAGGAAUGUAUUCGAGCACUGGAUCAAGAUAAGAGACAUACACCUUUCCGACAAAGCAAACUUACUCAGGUUUUGAAAGACUCGUUUGUUGGCAACUCCCGUACAUGUAUGAUUGCAACCAUAUCUCCUGGUGGUGGCAGUAGUGAGCAUACGCUAAACACAUUACGAUAUGCUGAUCGUGUGAAAGAACUCAAAGGUGAACGAGAACGACAAGCUCUUCGAAGCAAUGGUAAACAUCAGGCCAUCCCCACUAUCCCCACCAACACGACUACUACUUCCGCCAUCCCCACCGCCACCACCAACACAACGCCCAGCACGACCACCUCCAGUGACAAUGAAUUUGAAGACGACGAUUAUUACUUGAGCAACGAAUCGGAUAUACUUGAUGACGAAGAAUUCGAUGCCGACGAUGAUAUCUUUAACGUUGACUUUCCACAUGAGCAAGAUGCUUUGCUUAAUUCCAGCAGCUAUUCCUUACUACAAUCCUCCAUCUCACAACAAAAGCCAUAUGACGAUGAUCAUCUCCAUCAUCCAUGGAGUACCAGCAGUAAAACAGCAGCGACUUCUUCUUCGAGUGGUGGUUCUUGUUCAUCAUCCUCAUCACCUUUUGACUUUGCACAAAUGGAAACUAUUCUCAACCUUCAUCGAGCUCAAUUACGACAAGUCACUGAAUGCACCAAACUGGAGACUAAGCUUGUUGGAAAGAUGGCAUUGGAACUUUCAAGUCAAGAAGAAACGACACCUGAAAGCAAUAUGCAAUUCAAAAGUUAUUUGCAUGAAUUGGAUGAGAUCUUGGAACAAAAGGCAGGUGCAGUCGAAGCUCUUAGAGAUCGUAUCAAUGAAACGGUGUGUCAAGUACCAUUGUAA